GAGGACGAGGAGGUGCUGCUCGGUCGUCCUGGUCGUCCUGGAGGUGAAUGCGACGUAGGAUGGUACUUUGAAUUGAGUAGCAAUUUCAAUUCACGCAAUGUGGAGUUGCAGUAGUAGUGGUGUGGACCUGAGAGGAAGUGCGGGCGGAUCGAUUCACUUUGCAGCAUCAGCAGCAGCAGACUUCUGUGAUCUUGACCGACGUUUGAAGAAGUCGGUGAAGGUGAUUAAUAAAAACAAUAAUUUUAAUAAGAGUGAGAGGAGUUCACAGCGAGGCGAAUCGAGGCUGCGUUGGAGAUGCUGCUCCUCCACAUUCACCCACGCUGAUCCCUUCUCUGCCACUGCUGCUGCUGCAGGUGAUGAGCAACAGAGGCUGGUCGUGGUCGGGGGUGGAGCUGCUGGUGUGUAUGGAGCCUUGAGAGCCAAAAGUCUCUGUCCCCACCUCGAAGUUCUCGUUCUCGAGAAGGGACAGCUUCUGUCUAAGGUUCGAAUUUCAGGUGGAGGUCGCUGCAAUGUUACGACUGGUCUCUUUCAGGAUCCUAAGCCUUUGGCAGGCCAGUAUCCAAGGGGCCACAAAGAGCUUCGUGGUUCUUACUUCCUCACUCAUGGACCUGCUGACACAGCUGCAUGGUUCACUCAACGUGGGGUAGCUCUGAAGACAGAGAGUGAUGGAAGAAUGUUUCCACAAAGCAACAGCUCGGCCAGCAUCAUAGAUUGUCUGCUGCAAGAGGCCAAGCGCAUCAAUGUGGUUCUGCAGACUAAGGCUCCUGUUCUCAAUGUCUCCCGCAAGGGCCAGACGUUUGAAGUUAGCAGAGGAGCAGUUGAUUCAGGUGGGAAGAAUGUUGUGCAAGCGGGCUCUGUGCUUCUUGCAACUGGGAGCGCAUCGCAGGGCUACAAAAUUGCUAGGGACCUCGGACACUCGAUAAUUGAGCCAGUUCCAAGUCUUUUCUCCUUCAAAGUUAUGGAUAAAGCUCUGACAGAACUUGCGGGGGUCAGUUUCCAAAGGGUGAAAGCAGAGCUAGAGCUACCAAAUCAAAAGCAGCGCCAUCCCGAACUGGUCCAGGAUGGUCCCUUGCUGAUUACGCACUGGGGUUUUAGUGGACCGGUUGUCCUUCGUCUUUCUGCCUGGGCUGCUCGUCAUCUCUUUUCCUCCAAGUAUACAUGUGUCCUAUGGGUGGAUUUCACACCGAACAUAGAAUUGGAAGAGCUAAAAGCGCUCCUGGUGAAACACAAGCAAGAUUCGCAGAAGAGUAAUAUGGGCAGCUAUUCUCCAGAGAAGUUGCCCCUUGUGAAAAGAUUCUGGAUCUACCUUCUAGAGAGGCAGGGCCUGGACAGGGACAUGAAAUGGGCAAGAGUCUCAACGAAGGUACUGCACGAGUUGGCAUUGCUUCUCAAGAGAUGUCCCUUCUCCGUGAGUGGAAAAGGCGAGUUCAAGGACGAAUUCGUGACUGCCGGUGGUGUACCUCUAGCGGAGGUCAAUUUGAAGACGAUGGAGAGCCGAAUCUGUCCCGGUUUAUUCUUCGCCGGAGAGAUACUGGAUGUGGAUGGAGUGACUGGAGGGUUCAACUUCCAGAACGCUUGGACUGGAGGCUUCAUCGCCGGGACGACUGUUGCCGAACGAAGUACAGACAGAGUAAAUGUAGGCGAGUUUUAAGGGAGACCAGAGAGACCAUUGCUGCCAUAGAGAUAGAACCUGGUUGUGAGACAAUUCAUAUUCAAUCCACCAUUGAGAGCAAGUUAUAUUCUAUUCGACGAUUACUUCCGCACCUGAC